CACGAGGAUCACGGGAUCUCCAGCCGUCCAGAGUGGAUAUCGGCGCACGGUGAUCUCCCGGCAACUCUCGUGCUACGCCGGGGAACCCGCUCAUCGAGGAAGCCCCGACUCGUCCAAUGAGCUUCGAUAAUUCAUCAUCGGCUCGUAUCGACCAGCAUUUCUCUGCUCACGGAAUCGCAUGCCCAAAUUGUCGGGAAGUGUCCGUGUAGGCCAGGUGAUAAAAGUGCGAGCAUCCGUAAGUUCAGUGAGGGCCAGGUUGUAUAAUUUCGUGCGAUCAUCACGAGCGAGGGAAUAGCCCAAGAGACAAUUGUGCGGUGUGCGCGACGACAUCGAACGUAUCAUCGAUAACAAUUCAGCGUCCCGAGUGUCACGCCAAUAUGAGAGUGUCGACGCGACAACAGCAUCCGCUGCAUCUCCAAGUGACGCGCACGAACAAUGGCAAGUUCCUCGUCAGUCCGAAUGCCAGUCCGGAUCCGCACCAAAGCCAGCAUCACCACCACCACCACCACCAUCACCACCACCACCAUCAGCCGUCGAGCAAUCACCAGACGCUCCAAAAUCAUCAUCAUCAUCAGCAAUUGCCGAGCGACGACGUCGUCUCGCCCGUGGCACCGGUGACCUUUCCCAAUUGCGAGCCUCCGAAUCCCACGGCAGCCGAUCAUCACGGCCCGACGAUACUGGGCGAUCGGUUUCUCCUGAGUGGCACAUUGUUCAGGUGUGUCGACGUUCAGACCGGCCAGCAGCUCGUCGCCAAGGAGCUGACGAUGGGUGACAAGGGCGCGGAGGCUCUGCUGCAAGCGCACCUGCGCCUCGAAGGUACCGGCGCGGCGAGCGCCGUAGCCGGUGUCGUUGACGCUGGCCGGAAGCGCUAUCUCCUUCUCGAGGGACACCACGGGGACCUCCACGCUUACGUGAGGGCACGAAGGAGGCUGCGCGAGCCCGAGGCCAGACGGCUGUUCCGACAGGCGGCGAGGGCCGUUGCUACCUGCCACGAGAACGGUGUUGUCCUCAGGGACCUCAAGCUCAGGAAGUUCGUCUUUGCCGACGAGGCGAGAACGAAACUCAGAUUGGAGAGUCUGGAGGACGCGGUCCUGGUGGAUACGGAAGACGACCGACUGUCGGAUCGUCGAGGCUGCCCUGCGUACGUAGCGCCUGAGGUGCUGCGCUCGGGUCGAGCGUACUCGGGCAAGGCAGCGGACAUGUGGUCUCUCGGAGUGCUCCUCUAUACGAUGCUCGUCGGCCGUUAUCCCUUUAAUGACGCCGAGCACGCGAGCCUCUUCGCCAAGAUAUCGCGCGGUCACUUUGCGGUGCCGGAGGCCUUGGGGCCACGGGCCCGAUGCCUCGUCAGGGCCCUUCUGAGGCGGGAGCCUGCGGAGCGGCCAAUUGCCGAGGACGCCCUCGCGCACCCUUGGCUCUCAAGGCCACUGAGGCCGAGUUCCGCCAGAACGCCGUCGCACGACCAACUCGUGCCCACGAGUCCGAGUCCUAGUCCCGGGCCUCAACAGCAGCAGCAGCAGCAGCAGCAGCAACAACAACAACAACAACAAGAUCUUCAGCAGCAGCAACAGCAACAACAACAACAACAACAACAACAACAACAGCAAGCACCACAGCUGCAGCAGCAACUUCAAUAUUGAACGAGUGCGUAGCUCGGAGACUUGUGCUCCCCGUACGUUAAGAUGCUACUAAAUUUUGCACAACAACAAGGA